AUGUACCCGCUACUUGACGGAAAACCUGUCCAACGGGUUAGCAUGUUUUACUUUUAAGCUCCCGGGAUCAGAAUAGAAUGGAAUGAUAGUUUCAACACCCACAUACAACACAGGAGGUCGUAGUGUUGAAUGAGGAUUUAACGUGUGUAAAUCUCCAUUGAUGUUUUGAGAUAGAAGGAACAUCGGUUGUACUGCGUUUGGACGUACAGGUUAAUACAGUCUCGGACAAUGGACAUCUGUAGUUCCGUGUGAUUUAUCUGGAAGGUUCCUCGUCAUGUUGGUAAAUGUUAUGCGUUAGAAAAUGGACGCUUAGCUAGUUCAGGAAUCUCGAAGUAGCUAUUUAUCUUGGCAUAUAAGAUCUUUACAUGUCGGUGUAGGGAAAGAAGUAUUACGGCAAGAGAAAGGUGUCAAAAUGUCUACGAGACGAUCUCUCAGUCAUAAUGGAAGUAUGAACCGCAAUAAAACAGUGAACCCCGAAGGGGGUCGGGCGCAGUGGAGCAACCAGUCAUUCACCGUAGAUCAGGUGGUCAAACAGUUUCCCCUUCCCCAGAUCGUAAAAUGUACCCAGCAAUGCCUUUUGACGAAGAAAAACACCACACUUCCUGUGAAUUUGACACAGCCGAUAUUGCUGUACCGAAAAAGGACUAUCCGGAAGUUACUCGCCCGAAACGUGUUUAUGGACCCCGAGACGCAACGUUAUACGGAAAAGGAUGAAACCAUCGUCAUCCCGGCCGAUUACGAAGGUCGAUUUCUCCGCUUGAGUUCACGCACCGCCAAGGACAGUUCUUGUCAUACAGAUCUCGAGACCUUAUCCCAUAACCAAGUGCAGGCGUUCCUCACCCUGACCAAACUCACAGCCAACGUAAUAGGAUCAGGUUCCGAGUCCCAGGAUUAUGACCAGGUCAACUACGGCCCCGGAAAUGUGUUCCUAAUUGAUCGUGUUUACCUGGGCACCACACACUUGCAAAGUGAAGGGAGGUUGUUCGGCAUCCGCGGUGGAAAUAAAACACAGGUCAGGUAUCUCAAAUGUCGAGACGAGAAAGACAUGGACGUCCUCCUUCCCUUGUCACAGACCGGCGAGUUUGUGGAGGUCAUACCCAAUAAAAAUGGCGACGGUCGUCUGUCAGUUGACAGUAAGUGUCUUAUUGCGAAGUCCAAGUACCCGGCCCUCGUCAGAUUCCUCACCGGGAGAAGGCGUCCUCGAUUGAAGACAUUUACCGGCCUCUUUACCCUUCUGGAUUCAUUUGAGGAGACAACGCUAUUUGGAUGCGUCCUUGACCCAAGUGGGUUCACCAUGAUAGAAAUUCCAAUAUCAUCGCCACUCAAGUUUCAGCUAGCAUUAAAUAAGAACGACCUCUCCUUGAAUCCAGUUGUGAAAAAUGCAAACAAGUUGUGUGAAGAGAAUGCAGUGGAUUUUUGUAAAGAUCUCAAAUUAAAGUUCAAUUUCGCGCAGAAAAUCACCCAAAUAAGCGGUCGCAGCGUUGGUCCGCUUGACGAGAACAACCCACACGAGGACACACAGAGUACAACUAACAGUGCUAGGUUUGGAAUGACCACAACACACAUCUAUCUGUGAACAGCUUUACAUCUACGUUUACCGAUCAGUUUAACUACCAAUGUAUUUACAAUAGUAUACUUAUGAUUAAUACUUACCAGAACAGUCUCUGGUACCUAGCUAUAUAGCAGUCUUUACUUUUCAGUGUCAAUAUCUACCCAGUGUUAUCGUUCCUUACACUCACUGUAAGGAGUGUGACAAACGGUAGUCUUUUUUAGCCAGACGCUUCAUCACUUGUAAUUCUCUGUUCGGCGUAGCUUUGGUCUCGUUCAACAAGACGCUUGAUCACUUGGCGUAGCUUGUGC